CAGGGGGGGAAGCUCCCAUGUGACUCACACUGCAGAGAAGAAACCCUUCUUCUCCCUGAAAAGUUUCUAGAUGCCUUUGUCUGAACUGCAGCUAUUACAGUUUCUUUCCCCUCCCAUUCUUGACUUGAGAUGUAGAGAGAAAUGACAGCUCAGAGAGACUCAAGCAGCACUAAGGUAACCAAUACAAUGGCAGAAAAACCUGUACUGUACUAUUUUAAUGGAAGAGGGCGCAUGGAGUCAAUCAGGUGGUUGUUGGGUGCAGCUGGUAUUGAGUUUGAGGAAGUAUAUCUUGAAAAAAGAGAACAAUAUGAACAGUUAAUUAAAGAGGGACGUUUAAUGUUUGGACAAGUUCCUCUGGUUGAAAUGGAUGGGAUGAAUCUGACACAAACUCACCCCAUUUUAUCUUACAUUGCUGCAAAAUACAACCUGUAUGGAAAAGACCCAAAGGAGAGAUAUGAAAUUGACAGGUAUGCAGAUGGAACAAUUGACCUUAUGGGUCUGGGUCUAGCCUAUCCCUUCCUUGAUGAUGCUGGCAAGGAAAAACAAAAAGGACUUAUUAAAGAAAGAGCAACAAAUAAAUAUUUUCCAGUGUAUGAAACGGCUUUAAAAGAUAAGGACUAUCUUGUCGGGAACAAAUUUAGCUGGGCCGAUAUACAACUAAUGGAAGCCAUUUUAAUGGUGGAAGAGUUCCACAGUGACAUCCUAUCCUGCUUCCCCCAACUGCAGGCCUUUAAAGAGAGAACAAAGAAGAUGCCAACAAUUGCCAAGUUCCUUCUGCCUGGAAGUCCAAAGAAACCUUUUCCAGAUGAUAAAUACGUGGCCACUGUGAAGGCUGUUCUUAAGAUGUGAUAGAGCACUAUACAGAUUGAUUUAUUGUACCAAGCAUACUUUUUGAUAUACAUGCAUUUCUUUUUAGCCCUCUGAUAAUAUUGCAUAAUAAAUAUAAAUGUAUAAAUAGA